UAUAAACUCUGUAUAAUUGUUAAUAAUUUUCAGUUUAUUUUGUAUUGCUGAAAACAAAGGAGCAAAAAUGAGAACAUUUAAAGUUUUUAUUAAUCUGCUAAUACUUAGCUUGUCGUUAAGUUCCAUCCUUUGUGAGGAAUCAAAACCUUUUCAGGCAAAUGCAUUUGAAAAUGAAGGAGAAGAGGUAAUUGGUGAAAACUUUGAAACCCUAGAUGGAGAUAUUGACAAAAUUUGGGGUUCUAUAAACGACGAUUCUGUUAGAAUUGGCAGUUCAAUUAGCUUUCGGAGAAACGAUAGCAUAGGAACAGUAGCUUCAUGGAAUGUGACUGUAAGCUAUUCAAGAAUAAUAGAUGGAUUAAGAUUGAGAAGUGUGAAUAAUUCGGGUACAGUUGGAGAUAUUGUUGAUGGAGGAAUUGGAUAUAAUUUUGCAAGUUUCGUUCUUCUUGGAAAUGAAAAUUAUUUGCACUUCAUUAUUGAUGCAUUUGAAAAUUACACAUCUAGUUUGUUAACUACUUCUACUACCACACCGAUUCCAGACAGGAUCAUAGAGGAAUGGGGAACUAUUAAUUAUGCAUCAAGAAUAAUAUACCCACGAGAAUCCCAUCAUGUUGUAUCCUCACCCGGACAAGUAUUAGAAUGGGUUAUUAAAAUAAAUUCAACAAGUCCAAUGGAUGGAAUAAGAUUAACAAGUUUUGAAGAUUCAGUUGCUAGUGGAGAAAUAACUGAGGGAGGAAUAGGAUAUAAUUUUGCGACGGUUAAAAUAAUUGCAAAAGCAGAAAAUAUCAGCUGUUUAUUUGAAAAGUUUGAGAAUGGUACUUAUACAACACUUUUGCCCACAACAACGUCAUUGCUUACAACAACUUCAUUACCCACAACAACAACGACCCUAAAACCAGAAGAAGGGGAAAUCAAAGAUUGGGGCAAAAUUAGCGACGAAACAAAACUUUCUGAAAAGAGUUUUCAAAAUUAUCCCCAAUCUGGUGUCAUGGCAAUCAGAAAUGAAACCGUAAAAAUAACAGGAACAAUUCUUGGAAUGAAAUUGAAAAGUUUAAACAAUACAAACGGACUUUGGGAACUCAUUGGAGGAGGAUUAAAUGAAAGUUUUGUGACUUUUAACUUUAAAGGAACUGAAGCUGGAAGACCUUAUGAUUUCGAUCUUGCAAUCUUUGGAAAUAGUGCAGCUACACUGAAAUUGUCAUUAUUUUUAAUUAUCCUGUCAAGCAUUUUAUUCACAUUAUUUAAAUAAAUUCGAUCAUUUAAAGAA